AUGAGUCCUGUUCUUAAAUCUGUUCCUGUUCUUGAAUCUGGUCCUGUUCUUGAAUCUGGUUCUGUUCUUGAAUCUGGUCCUGUUCUUGAAUAUGGUCCUGUUCUUGAAUCUGGUUCUGUUCAUGAAUCUGGUCCUGUUCUUGAAUCUGGUUCUGUUCUUGAAUCUGGUUCUGUUCUUGAAUCUGGUCCUGUUCUUGAAUCUGGUCCUGUUCUUGAACUAGUUUUCACUGUCCUGUUGGAAAGCAAGGAUAAGAAGAAAGUUGCCCUCCCCAAGUCCAGUAUAGUGAAAAAGACCUCAAUAGUUAACCCAACUUCGUCUAGACACUAUAAAAGUGCAAUUUCAAGCUCGGGACCAUCCUUCUCAGGCCCAGGGAGGGGAGGCGGUCAGGCCCGCCCCUCGGGUCCAAGACCCCCUUCGCCAGACCACGCCUUUUCUCGCCAAUCUGAAUUGAAAAAGUGCCACACCUUUACUUCUUCUAAACCCUCAUCAAAUUCGGAGAUCAGUAAACGUCCAAUUAGGGAACGCUUGAUACACCUGCUCGCAGUUAAACCUUAUAAGAAGCUUGAACUCCUUCCUAGAUUGCAUAAAGAUGGUAUGAAGGAAAAGGAUAAGAAAAUUUGGAUGAAUAUUCUCCGUGAGGUGUCGGAGCUGAAAAACAACUGUUUCGAGCUCAAACGUAGUGUCUGGAACGAUGUUAUGGAAGAUUGGCCGUUCUACUCCGAGGGGGAUAAAGCCGCUCUUAGACGGAGGAAACCACAGAACCUUACUCCUCCUGUCUCUGACACAGGUUCAACCUCAUCCGGUCAUUCACCGUCCUCCACCACCCCAGCCUCACCCCCACAGAUCACGAACCCGCUGAAACGCCAGAGUUACUACGACGCAAGCAACGAGAGUAAAAAGAAGCGCGUUUCUCACUUUAAGCGGACGGGACCGAUGUCUGGCUCUCCUUACGGAAUGAGCGGAUCAAGUCCUAUGAUAGGUACCGGAAUAUCACCAGGAUUAGACCAUAUAUCUCCCAAAUCCAACAUGGAUCGACUGGAUCUUCCAAACACGUUCGAGGACGAUUCUGCCCCCGACUGGGGACAGUUCCAUGACAACGACCAGUUAGUCCGCAAUAGUCCAGAGCGGAAAAGUAGUCCGGCCGUGCAGCGAAGGAGUCCGAUGGUUUCGGUUCCCGACGCCGCCGGUCAUCGGUAUAAUUCUCCUAAAUCCCAACUAGCGCGAACAAAUAGUCCUUCCACUCGAGGUCCAUGGGCGGACGCGGAGAACCUUGAUUUAUCUUCGUCCUCGGCAGAUCCUCAGCUCAAUAUUCAAUUCCAUUUUCAAAAUUCGAACAAGGAUUUUCUUACGUCCUACGGUCCCAUCACUAGUGCGGAGCAGAGAACGCAAUAUAAAAAAGAUUUUAACACCCACUACAACACUUACAUUCAGUUCCACCAGAUUCUUGAUAGAGUUAGAUCUCGCUUUACAGAGCUAGAGAACCGUCUUAAAGGAGCAGUAAAAGGAAGCCCCGAGUACUCGGGGAUUCGGAGCGCCAUAGUCAUGGAGUACGAGAAGUUCAAGACGGACGAGGAGUACCAGGCUGCAAGGAUGAACUUCCAGUACCUCCAUGAGAAGCUUGCUUGUCUCAAGAAGUUGGUCCACGAUUAUGAUACUGCCCAGCAGCGGUAACUCCAUCUCACGAGGUUACAGACCUUUCAUGAGGUCACAGACCUUUCAUGAGGUCAAAGACCUUUCAUGAGGUCACACACCUUUCAUGAGGUCACAGACCCUCGUGAGGUCAUUGACCCUCACGAGCACUGACCUCUUCUCCAAAGGGAGACUUGGAGACCUUCCAAUAUUUGGUUAGGGCUAAACCUCUUCAUCUUAGAACCGGUUUUGAGGAUCGGAGGAUAUAUUAUCAUUCUUUCCUGAACCCGUUCUUCUAGAGAUAGAAACCCAGCCCUUGCUAUCUUCCACACACAACCGUGCCUUCCGCCAAUCCUCCGAGUUGGUUGCCUCUGAUAAGCGGCGCUCAACUUUGGAACCUGCAGAUAUCUCCGCUCUUGAACAUAUCCAGGCUUAAACCAACCAGUUCUACUCGAACCCUGAGCAGCCACAUUGCAGCAUCAUAUUGGAGAAAAUGAAGAAGAAAAAAUAACUUAUAUAUCAAUGUUCCUUAAUUAUGAAGAAUGGCAUUCCGUUUGAUGUGAACCGGUAGUGAUUGAGCUAAGUGAGUGAGCCUUGUAUGCAUUUAAUUUCGUAACCAACAACAGCAAAAAUAUCUCGCCUAAACAACCGACUCAUUGACCUAAUCAGUUUAUUCCUCCCAUCCAUAUUCUGUGAAUAUGACACUAACGCGACGAAUUCUUAGUUACGGACUCUCCUGUGCCUCCCUAUGAGCGUGCCAAUUUGAAAAUUAUGUGCCUAUAAGUUCCUACUUCUAGUGAAUAGACCCGGACAGAUUUUAUAAACAGGCAUUUGAAUUAUUUUGCCAGCGUAGUUCUUUUCUAACUCCUGGACAGUGCUGUGAGGUGAAGGAAGAAAACAUUUCUUUCGCCAUUUUCCGACUUUUAACGAGCUUCCUUCUACGCGACAUGGUGUGACUAACAAAGACAUGUUGGAUCACUUGAUCCAGUCGAAACUAAUGAAAUCUAGUCGCAGGUGAACCACAGCGACAGCCUUGUCACAAACCCACGGAACUGUUCGUUGGUUCGCUUACACGUUUGAAACGGGCAUUAACCGGCCCCCCUGCAAACUUUUCAUAUUUUUGACUCAUCCCUACUCUGACAAACACGGACAUUAUUCUUCGGGCAUACCCGGAGUAGGUUCUCUGUCCUUCCAAGGCGGAGAACCCAACUCAGGUUAAUAAACCACAAAUUCAUUCAGUUUUGAUUCUAUUCAAGCUCUAGCUCACCAAACCGUCUCCCCCUCUACUCUGUAUCCUGUAUGCAAAAUGCCGCUAAGAAGAUAAAAUUAAAUCUUUUGUGAUACUGUCCCCGCUCCGCCGGGGUCAGCUGUUCCAGAGCUAACAGUCCGCUGCGGCGUAUAAUCCAUACGCCGUGGUGAAUCCAUAUCCAGGUUUAUUGAAAUUUUUUAAUUUAAACGAAUUCAGAUUGGAAUAAAAGCAGAUCUCAAGUUCUAUCCUGUUCUCCCUGAAAGCUCUGCCCUCCUCCUCCUAAAAAGCCGACUCUACCAGAGAGAGACCUUUAUAUUGUCCUACUACUACUACUAUGAGAAGCUCCUGGUAAGGAGAGCUGAAACCAUGCUGACGACCCCUCAUUCUGUUUGGCCUCGAAUAUUUGAAAAACUCUACUUUAAGCUCAUUUUAUAUAUAUUUCUGUCUCAAGAUGCAAACUAGAGCAGUUUUGUUCAAUGAAUUCUUAUUUCUUUGGUUUGAUGAGAGGUCUAUUAUGCAACAGGGAUGGGGAUUAAAUCAGAAUCAAAUAAUAAUUUAAUUUUUGUUUAAACCUUCUCCCUGUUUUAUGAGAACUUUUCUCUUCUACGCCAGAACUUCAAUAUCUGGAUAAAGAAUGGUGUUCUUCCUAGCAGAAGAAAGUUCUCAGAAAAAUUUCUCGAUGUCCCUAUGCACUUCAUCAUAGGGCAAUAUUUUUUUUAGUCUUUAUAUUUAUAUUAAAUCUGUUCCAUUCCCGCAACACUCAGCUUGCGUAGGAAAACUGUUUUAUAUGUAUCAAUUAUCAAUUUUAAGACGUGGCUCUAAGAAAAAUGAAAUUCUUAAGACCACCAAAGGUCAGAUUUAAGCGUAAUCAUGUUUAUUAUUUUUCAAUGCAUAUAAUACCGCUCUAGAUAAAAAAUAACAAAAAAAAAUUAUAAAAUGUUACAAAAAUAUUUUAUUAUAUAUUAAUGUUGCAUAACCUUGUAAAUUAACGCAGCUUGGUUGUUUGAAAAUUAAACUCAUAUUUUAUCGGCUUGUUUUAUCUGUACUUGUGCCAUUAUAUCCUUCAUAGUAUAGAUGCAUUGCAUAUAUAUAUGUUGAAAAUUAACGGAUUUUUUGUAAAAUCCAAAUGUGAUAUUUAUUAAUUGUAAACAUUCCACCCUUAACCCAAUCCACACCUCUACUGUUCCCGUCAACCCUCAUAUUGGAAUUUUUCAAAUUGAAACCACACGCUCACUCCACUCAAUCUAAACCUUUCUAAAUACAUUCUGAAUCUACUGUUGAAACCCACAAAUAUUUCUGUCACAUAUUUCAUGCAAAUCGUUUUUUUCUCCAUAAGUUAGUUUUACUCUAAAAUCUUUUUUGCUUUGAAUAAUCUCAAUUGUCUAUUGCUCAAACAUUCGUUUCCUCCUCGGAUAUACAAGGAUAUUUAUAUGUACAUGCGCUAAAAUACAUGUACAUCUAUUUAUUAUAGUAUACAUUGAUAUACUGAGUAUUGAUCUCCAGAUCAUUUUUACAUCUUGUCUUUUUUCCCUGUAUCUAGCCUAUCCCUGAGCACAAUUAAUCCAACCCUUCAAGCUAAUCCUCCUACCUGGAGCACAACUUCUCAUACAUCCUAUCCUGCGAUCAAUUCCCUUUUCUCUGGUACUAAGAUAUAGAAAAAGGAGUUUUAAAUCAAGGUUAUGCAUCAUGUGCCCGUCUUUUAAGAUGAAAUAUUAAACUAUUCGUGUUAGCUCGUCACUGCAGUUAUCAAGCAAGAUAAAAACAAAAUAAAAAAGAUAUAAGCGA